UCGCGGACUGGCGGUGCGGCGUGCCAUGGCGCCGCCUCUACGCCGCGGGCGCCCGACUAAGCGCUCUGCAGGCGCGCCGGCUCCAGGUGAAGGGCACCUCGCCACGGCCCCGUGCGUCGCACUCCAUCAAUCUCGUGGCCGGCUGGCUAGUAGUCUUCGGCGGUGGCUGCGAGGGAGGUCGUCAUCUUGAUGAUAUCUGGGCAACAUAUGUUGGAAAUAGAGCUGGAACUAGAUCAUCCAAUUCACUUACCUGGCAGCAAUUGGCCUCUGGUACUCCAAGUGGUCGUUUUGGUCAUUCAUGCAUUCUCGUUGGUGAUGCACUAGUCCUGUUUGGCGGGAUUAAUGACCGUGGGCUUCGUUUGAAUGACACAUGGAUAGGCCAAAUAAUCUGUGAAGAACCUUGCAGGAUGAGGAUCUCAUGGAGACUGCUGGAGAUAGGCCCCCUGGCACCAUCUCCUCGUGGGGCCCAUGCAGCCUGCUGCAUAGAUGAUAAGUUCAUUGUGAUUCACGGUGGGAUAGGGGUGCAUGGAAGCCGGCUUGGUGAUACAUGGCUUCUUGAUCUCUCCGAUGGACUUCGAUCUGGCAGUUGGCGCCGAAUGAGGAAUACUGGACCUUUGCCUUCAGCUCGUUCUGGCCACACCUUAACUUGGAUUGGUGAUAGGCGCAUGGUUCUUUUUGGUGGUAGAGGAUCAGAAUAUGAGGUGCUUAGUGAUGUCUGGCUGUUUGAUAUUGGUGAUCAUUUGCUGCAAUGGAAAGAGCAAAAGUACGAUUUGUCUAGUAUUCUUGGUGAAUUGCCUUCUCCCCGGGCUGGGCAUUCAGCAACAUUUCUCUUUGGUGGCAAGAUCCUUGUAUAUGGUGGGGAGGACAAAGAAAGACGGCGGAUGGAUGAUUUCUGGAUCUUAGAUAUACCAGCUUUACUUCAGUUUGAGUCAGGUAACAGGAAAAUGGCAAAGAGGAUGUGGAAAAAACUAAGGAUAGAUGGCCAAUCCCCGAAUUGUCGGUCCUUCCAUGGGGCAUGUGUAGAUACUUCUGGUUACUGUGUGUAUGUUUUUGGUGGAAUGGUUGAUGCACUUUUGCAUCCUGCAGAAUCCUUGGGCUUGAGGUUUGAUGGGCAACUGUAUCAAGUGGAGCUUGUGCUGCAUCUCUAGAAUCUGUAUGAUGUUUUCCUAUAAAUAUUUUCUUAGAGAUAACUGUUUAGAUCUAAUAAUGCAGUAUUGUGUAGUUUUUCUUGUCAGAACACCUGGAUAGUAAAUCUGAAGAUCUCGCUCACAGUAUUUAGAUGAUCAAGAUCUCUUUAUUUAUAAUUUCAGCUGCCACAAUUUGGACAUUGUGAUGAUGCUGAAAGAUGGUUCUUCCCUGUCAAGUGCGUAUGGGUGCAAUACCUGUCACUGAUCUCUGAAAGCAACGGUGAUGUAGAACGGGUUUCUCUACAUAUGUGUUGAAAUGUACAUCCUUUCUCAGAUUCAUAUGUUAACAAAGAAUGUCUGUCAAUA